CCACCUUUCGCCAACCAUGGAGACGGCCCAAAGCGGGUUCUUCUGCAUCCAGGGGUUGAACACAACAUAAGUUGUUCAUAUGCGCAGGGUGGCAUACCCUUCCUCGAAACGCACUCAUUGAUAAGGGAAACAGAAAAAAAAACAAAUACAGAAACAAUGGCGACAAGCAACGUGUCGAGCAUGUUCUCGCUCGAAGGCCACACCGCACUUGUCACUGGCGGGACCCGCGGCAUUGGCAAGGCCGUCGCCAUCGCCCUCGCCGAAGCCGGAGCCGACAUUCUUCUCGUUCAGAGAGAUGAGACAUCCACGGAUACGCUCAAUGCCGUUCGGGCCCUGGGCCGCAGCGCCACCAUCUACACGGCCGACCUGAGCUCGGCCGAGGACGUCUCGAAGCUGGUACCGCGGAUCCUCGCCGACGGCCACCAGAUCCGCAUCCUCGUCAACUGCGCCGGCAUCCAGCGGAGACACCCGUGCGAGAAGUUCCCGGACUCCGACUUCAACGAGGUAAGCCCCUACGGCAGCGCACUUCCACUGUCCCGUCCCUUCGUGCUUUUUUUUUUUUUUCACGCGCAUGUGGCAUCCUCGCUGACGACACAACUUUCCUUCUUCUCUUCCUUCCUCCCCCCCCCGGCGGAAAACAGGUCAUCCAAGUGAACCUCAACAGCGUCUUCAUCCUCUGCCGCGACGUGGGCGCGCACAUGCUGCAGCUCGACCCGUCGCCCGUGACGGGCCGCCGCGGCUCCAUCAUCAACUUCGCCUCGCUGCUGACCUUCCAGGGCGGCCUGACCGUCCCCGCCUACGCGGCGUCCAAGGGCGCCGUCGGCCAGCUGACCAAGAGUUUUGCCAACGAGUGGACCGCCCGCGGCAUCACUGUCAACGCCAUCGCGCCCGGGUACAUCGAGACCGAGAUGAACACCGCGCUGCUCAACGACCCGGAUCGGCUGGCUAGCAUCAGCGCGAGGAUACCGGCCGGAAGGGUGGGUUUUUUUCCCUUUCUUUUGUUUCUUCUAAAAUCUGG